CAGUUUCACUCACGCAGCCUUUCACUUUGCAUUUUGCAUUUUUUGUUAAAAAUGUCGGUGGUAAAAUUCAAAACCUAGUGUUGUGAUCCCUUUAAUGAAAAAACGCACUCUUUAAAAAGUCAAAAGACCAAUUUACGCCACCCGUCAAAAUUGAUCUUAGAGAAAUUACAAUUUUUAAGAUAAAGCGAUGUUUUGUGUGCACCAUUUAGAAAAAAAAUCGGGAAUCAGUGCGUUAAAGAAACGAGUGAGUACUUGCUUUAUUAGUUGGUCAAAUUUUCUCCAUAUCGCGUUAUUAUUAUUUUUAUGUAUGUCAUUAAUUUAUUCAGACACAAUAAAAACGUCAAAUGACUUCAACUCUAACCCUGAGAAUUCAAGUGACUCUGACCCUGACAUCUCAGAUGACGACAUUUUUUCGCUUUCCGAUUCUGAAUCCAAAGAUGAAUAUGAACAUAGUCCUCAGUUUAUUUCUGAAUUAAAAGCAAAGUUUCAUGACCCAAAUAAAAGCCAGCAAGAGAAAAUUCAAAUAUUGACAGUUUUGGGAACAAAAUGGUCUGUGCAUAAGACAGCUAAAUUAAUGAAUACUUCGCGUUACAUCAUACGCAAAGCUCGAGAGUUUACACUGAGACUGUAAAAAAACACGACUCAGUCGCAGGUAACGUAUUUUUAUAAGAAUUUAACAAGUGUUUUUUCGAGCUUCUAUCAAAAUCUGAGUGAAUGCAUUUAUUUUUCGGACGGAGCUCCCCAGCAAUUCAAAAACGCGAAACAUUUUUCAACUAUUUAUCACCAUGAGCAAGAUUUCGGUCGUUCUGGAAAGUGGCAUUUUCAAGCCACCGCACAUGGAAAAGGCCCUUGUGACGGAGCAGGUGGGGCUCUGAAAAAAAAGCACGAAGAGCAAUUCUACAAAUAAGUGCAGAUAGUGAAAUAAGUUCGGCAUUGGAAUUGUAUGAAUGGGCAAAGAAUGACGGGUGUUUUUCUAAUAUAUCGGUGAUUUACAAAAAUGAACGAUAUUAUGAAGCAGCUGCUGAAUUUUUAAAAGUUCGAUUUGAAAAUUUCGUAACAGUAAAGGGGACACAAAAGUUACAUUACAUCGAACCCGUGCAAAAUCAUCAAUUAAAAGUGAAAAUUUACUCUUCUUGUCCUAGUUUUGAAUAUGUUAGCUUUUCAAAAAAUGUAUCAAAGCGAGCUUUGAAACGAAAAGAGAAAUAGAUAAGGAAAUUCGUAUCUAACGAUUUUACUGUGCUGUAUAGAAAUGUUUUCCUUCACAAUACUACAGCUUAUACGAAUUAUUGUUCUUUUGAUA